AUGGCCGGCCUCGCGGAUGCACGGUGGCUCGGCAUCCUCGACCUCGCGCACACCUCACCAUCUGCCACCGCCUCCACAAGGUGGGCGGUGGCGCUGAAGCCCGUGGAGCCGUGGUUGAAGGACGUGGAACCAGUAAGCUAUUGUGAAACUGAGCCAAAGAAAGAGAAACACUCUGAAGAUGGCAAAACAGCAGUAAUAGAGAUAGGAGCCAAGGAAGAAAUAUAUACUGAAGAGCACGACAAGCUCUUGGGUACAUGCAGCACGCCAAAGACUCCUUGGGCUCUCUUUGUCGAUGGCUAUGGCAAGGAUGGAAAGCGCAUCUAUGAUCAAAUGUGCAGGAAAGUAAAUAAAGAGCCGAAAAAGAGGAUGGUGGUGGUCACCUGGAUGCGUUCACUGCUUGGAUGA